AUGGGAAAGCUUGACAAUCGCUGUGGCAAUGGCAAGCAAUCAGUUCUCUGCAUUUGUCUCCUCCUCUUAGUUGGAGUGCUAGCUGUGGCGCCAAGGGAUGCAGAAGGAUACAUUGGAGAGUGCACGAAAGAGCUGAAUCCAGACAGUUGCAAUGUGCCAGCAUGCCAGGCAGAGUGCUUCACAAGUCACAAGGGGUGGGGACAGUGUGCACACUCAUCGCUCGAUGGUAUCUUCCACUGCGUUUGCUACUACCGUUGCCCUCACGAUCCCUGA